GGACAAAGUUGCGUUUCUCCCGAGCAGAUCUCUAGGAGCUUCAUCUCCUACUACUUCCUCGCUACUUGGUUUGGCAUCUAUUUGGCUGCUACUUCUCCUUCGUCCCAGUGCUGUGGUCACUAUCUGCAGUGCUCCAUAACAGUUUUAUUAAGGUUUAGAAGAUACCGCCGUUACUAGAAAAUGUUUCGUGGCUCCGAAAUUUGAAACCCCUCCUGACGAUGGUGCCUAAUAUAUCCAGUGCAAUACGCCCGAAUACUAGCGCAGAGUAAAAAGCAGAAAAAGUCAAAAUGUCUUCCGUGCUUCUCCGGCUUCGGCUGGAGGGCCUGGAGGUGGUUUCCGACCUUUCAGUGCUAACCCUGAAUUGGCAGGUCCGGAAAUUUCUGUUGCAGCUGGACAAGCAAAGUUCCUCCACAAGUACUACAACCAGCAGCUCCAGCAGUUCGAGCACGACACAACCAUCAACCUCCACCAAUACCAGCUACCUGAUGUGCAUCCCGGGCACGCUUCCCGAGGUCUGCGACCACCUGUGGUCCGUGCAGGAGCUGUUUCUCAAGCAGAUUUUGCCCCCCGUCAACCAAACGUCCGCUACCGGGAUGUCGCCGGACACGCUAGAAUCGACGACGACACUGCUGACGCUGUCAAUGCGCGAACUGCUGGAUCCCUCGCAGGACGCGCAGAUCUCGAAAAACGGUUUCUACGAAAAUGCGGUCUGCCUAGACGAUAACAGCGGGCUGGUGGUGCAUUUGCAGAUGCAACUGCUCCCCUCGAUGAGCGGGGUGGGGAAUGCGAUGCUCACAAGCGAAGGGCUGCUAAAUCUGCCCAUGCUGCACAGGAACGGGGAGAGGGUAUAUUUCUUGACAGCACAGGACGAGGUUUUUGUUGGUUGUCAACAUGCAGGUUGUGUAUAUCAAUCUUGUUGCAGAAAAGCUUAGCCUUGUUAUAGCAAAAACACCAAUAGCACGAGCAGGCAACCGUAACUACACCAACACAAACACAUUCGUCCCCCUGCCACUCCGGGAAACGAAAAAAAAAAAGAUAGGAUGCGCUGUCGUGUUAGCAUACAUACGUACGUAAGUUGAAAUUUGCGUUUCGAUUUUCUAUUCCGGAUGAAAGAACGAGAAGAACGAAUACCCAAAAAUGAUCCUUAUAGAAAAUCAGGUCCGCCCCCCGCCUGCGGUUUUUCUGCUGAAGCUCCGCAUCGUGAACACGCCCGAGAACGUGCGACAGCUGUUGCUCCCGUCCGUGCGAUAUCGAUUGCAAAUAUGUCUGGGUCUGGAAGAAUACAAAUUUGUGAUGCGCAUUUCAGAACGCAGAAAUAUCUCUCAUGCAUAGUGGGCAACAGCUGCCCACUUUCUGUCACCAAAAUGGGGGAUCUGUCAUGCGGAUUCGGCAUUGCGGAAGCGUCUCGAAACCUGUGAUGCUAGCGCUUCCAUGCGAGACCUUCUGCGUCAUGCAAAAACGGCAUGACUCUUCCAGACCCAAACAUUUUUGCAUUUGAUAUGCGAGCAGCGACCACUCCGUCCCCCGGAGCAGCUGGAGGAGCAGGAGACCAACUGCAGCAGGACAACACGACCAACCUCCAAACCGAGGACCAAUUGCUCGCGUUGCGUGUCCGCGGGAUUGUCCAAAACGCGAGGCAUAUUACAAUGAAAAAUGCCCCCUCCCCAUAUCAAAACGGAAUAAAUCUGUGAUGCAGAUUUGUGGUCACAAAUCAGCUUUAUGAUGCUAGAAGGCAAAAGAUGCGGACUGUAGUGCUGUCUAGCGUGGGAAAGCCUUGCAGCUCGAGGAUGACAGGAGGCAGCUGGAAGUGGGAAACAGCAUGACAGAUUACCUACAAUUUAGGCCGCAGCUUCGUCUCUUGGUCUUGGCCUUCUAGCAAUACAAGUCCAUUUGUGUACUCAAAUACAGCAUCACAAAUUCGCGCAUCUUCCGUUUCCGAUAUGGGGUGGGGGCUUUUUUCACUUUGAUAAGGCAAGCCAUCUUCACACUGGUUUUGGUGGCCAGCUGGGAGGAGGCGCUGGAGUCGUUGAAGGAGGUGGAGGAGCAGUGCGUGGUGCUGGUAAAUCGAAAUUUCGUGGAAGAAGGGAGAUUACCACCGGUCCGCGAAGAAGAGGAAGAGGAGUCGAUUUGCGAAAAUGCCGGCGGGGACAGCGGCAGUGCGGGGAGGGUCAAGCGGACCGGGGAAGGGUACUGAAAGUCAACUACAUCGGAUAUUGCUUACAGUUUUUUUUGCUGAUAAAUCAGUAGUGCUGCAGCUAACGUGCAGUCUUCUCUUUACCACUUUUGACACAUGAUUUGAACUGGACGAAGAAUAACAUUUUUCAAAAUUAUGUUGGCAUGCGUAGAGGAUACAUAGCACUACACUACAAGAAAAGCACGGAAAACUACUUGUUGCUCUCCCAACACCAGCUACUUCGUGUCUCCCGACGAUGUUUCGCCCUCCGUGGCUUCGCAGCGACAGUUCGAGAUCGGGUCUCGCACCUGCUCCUACCCCAUCGACGUGAGACCGCUGAUAAAGCACGUCGAGGACGCGAUGCAGAUUGAUGACGGAGUUUCAGAUUUACUCGACAAAACCAUGCAGAUCCCGAUCACGCUGACCGUUCCCGCGCUCGCACUGCCCGCCAACACGCCGGGAGGAUCAUCUGUGGACGAUGAUAACAGCAACGUUCUCACGUUUGAGGCUAAUUUGGAGAAGCGUUCCUUCCCAAGUAGUUCGUCGACGUCUUCCAGAGGAAAUUAUCAAAUGUAAAAAUGUCUGGGUCUGGAAGGUUCGAACUUGUCAUGCUAAAUCUGAAUCAGGCAAAAAACUGUGUUGCAUGAUUGCCAAAAGUUGUGCAUGUUUGACUAAUGGAGAGGCAGUUUCUCAUGCAGGAUAGGCAUUGGAAAGGUCUCGCAGAAUCUGUCAUGCUAUGCCCUACAUACCAGACCUCAUGGGUUAUGGAAAACCUGCAUGACAAAUCUGGCAAUCUUCCAGACCCAGACAUUUUUACAAUCCAUAGAAAUAACGGCAACCGACUACCGUUCGAACAGCGAAUGUCUGUGGAGCGCCCGUUGGGCCCAAUCGCGCAGGAAAUCAACGAUUACAAUAGCACAGAAGGGAGUACCUCUGGACCAAUGAUUCCCGGAACAACCCCCGCCGUAGAAAUGAUGGAGGAAGUUUCCCCCCGAUGGUCGCCCAAAAUGAGCCGCCAACAGCACUCGGUUUCCUUUCAGGAGCCCAGCAACAGCGGCGCAAAUUCGCAGUACCACUCCGCAAAGGACAAUUCGACCGACGAAAAUGAAACCUACAACAAUGCGUUGUACAACUCCUCCUCGGGCACUGACUCUGCCGGCGACAGCGCGCGAGUGGCGAACAGUUUCCAGGCGAACAAUAAUAAUGUUGGCGGGGGUAUGCAGGAGAAAAACUAAUGUGAGUGUAACGAAGUCUGUGAUGCAGGAAAUGCAAAAUAACUGUUACACUUGUCAUGCUGGAUGUGCGUGAUAGGCUACUCUCAUACGCGUUUCCACGUAAUAGCUGCGCAUGACAGGUUUCCCCUGUAAAAAUGCAAAACGAAUUUGUGAUGCUUUGCUGCUUCUCCUACCAAGUUACACUUACGCGAAAUUUUUCCUGGAUAGGGUGAGCAACGUCGUCAACAUCCGCGUUGAACAGAAAUAAUCCGAGCCGCAGCCACAAAAUCCCGACGCCGAUGGGGCUCGACAAUGUAUGAACUGCAAAAGAGUCGCACUCGUAUAAAUGCAUUACAAAUUUCCUCAGCAUGAGAAAUAAGAUUUGUAGUGCGGAUUUACCUUAACAAGAGGAUUUGUAAUGCAUGUGAAGCAGCACACGAAGGGUACCCGGGACGCGAAGGGUACCUAGAACAGAAAAAAGCCCAGAAAACAGACAAAAAAACCUAUAAACAGAAAAGUUUUGUCUGACAACGCCCAGUAUUUGUCUGUGCUGCGCGAAGCAUACAGCUUUUUUGUAUGUGGAGCGAGAGUGGUGUGGCUGGUGUGAUUGAAUGUUCAUUGUGGCAUGAGAAAAACUCGUGCAGAAACGGCGCGCUGCGGCUUUGCGGUUACCACAAGCAGGAGUGCGCGCGCGCGCAGCACAGGGGACCUGGCUGCGGGACGUCUUGCUUCGCACAAAGGUUGACUGGAGCUAGCGCGCGCGCGCGCGCGUUCGAGGGCAAGGGCAAAUAAUACGCGGCACGCAUACAACAACGACCGAGAGGCCGCGUCUGAGGAAGUGCAACCCUGCAUGCAGGGCGAGGGAAAACACUCACACAAUGACCGAGGGAGCGGCAGUGCUAUUUGGCCACUGCUCACAUGGACAUUUGCUCUCAAUGGCGUCUGUAUUUUUGCUAGCAGUCCGCGGGAAUACAGAUGUGAUGACCGAGCGACUGCGGACUGUGCGUAGUCGUAGUGCGGCGUAGCGGGGCCGCGGCUAAGCGGAACGCCGCGGGGCUAGCGCGGAACCAUAAAAAACGACGGCGCAGGGGCAUUGUAGGUCCCUUCCCGCACGGGGGGCCCGGGAAGUCCUGGGGGCCCCGUACGGGACGGUAGAACCAGUUUCGCAAGGGUCCGCCGGGAAAACUGCGGACCAUAAAACACGAAAAAUUUGUAUGAGAAAGCGAUUUAGAGGCAAGGUUUCUUCUAGGACAAGAAGGGGCAGGCCCCUUCGUGUCCCGACAUACAAAUAUAAUAUGGGGGGUCUUAGGAAUACUGGUUCACAUGAUUGCAAUACGAGUGCGAUACUUUUGCACAGGAUACAAUGAUCCCAACGACGAUUCCUCCGCCUCAGAGCAGCAGAAAUACAAUCCGAAUUUCUAUCCUGAGUAAAAACGUCCUCACCCCAUAGUCCUCAAGAUGGGAAACCUGCUAGACAAAUCAGCAAGCUUUGGCUGUUGCGCAUCACAAGUUUGGACACGUAGCAUAAUCCUGGUUAGGUUAGUCUAUCAGCAUCACAGAUGUAGCUGAUUGUGCUGAUUAAAGCAUGACAAAUUCCGAAACACGACGAGGAAGUGCUUCUCAUGGGGAUCCGCAUAAGAAACAUUUUCAGCAUCCAGACAUUUGCAUUACAACUUAUGCGGGUGGGACGUUUUUACGUAGGAUAACUGCGGGCGGGCGUCGUGGACAGACCCGGACCAAAAGCACGUGCCGAGCUUUCUGCCUAACGCCAGCUCGCCGGGGUCCGUGAUCAGUCAAACCUCCAGCGCACUCGGGCCGAACGCGGGAAUCGACAUGAACAACGGGGGCAAGGCGGUCAACUUCGUUGACCAGGUCUUCCAGACCUGGGAGAAAAGACCCCGCCAGUGGCGGCUGUCCAUCGAGUUGCGGGCGCUGAAGCUGACGCACUUUCAAGCCAAGGUGUUUGUCAAGUAUUUUUACCCCUUCGUGCAGCAGGUGAAGCCGUUUCGGACCAACCCCCCGACAAUCUGCAGGAAAAACUCUGUCACGUAUAGGAAUGUUGAUGGAUGUGUUGUCUUCGAUUUCGAUAUGCGUUCAUCCGUAGUAGGUGCAUGACAAAUUUAUUUCCUCAUGCAACAAGAACGACGGCAAUACCAAUAGCAUUUUGGCCCUGGUGGCAGUCAACAUGCAAAAUUUUUGGAGCAACGAGGAACUAAACCCGUUUCGUGAUCGUUUCCCCGCAGGUACCUCCCGCACGGCUUCGCCGCGUACCACUUCACGGACACUUCGGUCGCGAAGCUGAAGGAGCAACUGCUGAACCCGUUGCACAAGACCCUGCGGUGUGAGGUGUGGCAGCGCGACACGCACACGUCCGACCAGCAGUUGGGCCAGUGCACCAUGGACGUGGAGCAGAUUCUGAACCUGCCGGAAGUGACGAAGCAAGCGACGGAGACCUUCAACCAGAACGGGCAGAACGUCAUGCCAAAAGUGCGAACGCUCGAUCAAACGUUGCCCAUCGUCUCUUCCUAUGCAUUGCAAAAGUAACGUACUUACUAGUAUAAAUUACAUUACAAGAAGUUUUGGCAAGAAGAAAAGUGGGAUUUGUAAAGGUGUUUUGCCUUAGGAAGAAGAUUAAGAUUUGUCAUGCAUAUCUGUAAUUACUACGAGUGCGAUACUUUUGCAGAGCAUACUUCCAUGGACGGGAGCACCCAGGGGACGUUGCGGGUGGUCGUGUUUCUCGAAGAUCUCGGGGAGGUGGUGAGCGGGACUUCUAACGGCGAAUUUUUCGACGCGAUGGAGACGCCAACCGACAUGGAAAUGGCGGACUUUUCCGCUUCUUCUGGGGUUGCGAAUGGAAAAUCUUCCACUGCCGAGCAAUCGGCGAAACUGCGCUCCUUGCCGCAGUAUUCCGCCGCGUACGAGCUGGAACUCUGGAAACGGGCGGAAGAGGCGCAGUUUAAGGUGAAGCUGCAGGAGGACGAGCGGAUAAACCGGCUGCGCUUGCAACAAGAGUUCGAAGACAAGGAGCAGCGGCGGAGCAUCGAGUUUAACAACAAGAAAAACGAGAUUCUGCAGCUGGAGCAAACGCUGAAAAAAAAACUGCAGAUGCUGCAGGCGCGAGAAAACGAGGUAGAGCUGAAAGAUGUGGAAGCGGGGCGGAGGGCAGAGGAAGCAAGUCGCAUGAAGGCGAUUCUGGAAACGGAAACCGAAGCGAAAGUCAGGCUACUGAAACAGGUAAAAUGAAAUACAAUCUGUACGAUUAAAGUAAAACUUUUCCCACGACGUAUAAGUAGAAGUAGUACGUCUACGUGCGUAUACAUUUGCAUUUCUUCGUGUCCUCCUCCAAGUACGUGUUCGGCGAAACUUGGUCUUGAUGGUUUGCUGUUCAUGACGGAAAAAAUUUAUCGACGCAAAUCAUGCUGCCGUGACCACAUCCACAGGAAAUGUCCGAUGAGCUCCUCCUCGAGCGGGACAAGACGCGUCGAAUUGAGCAGAAGUGUCAUUCUCUAGACCAGGAGUGCAAGCAGUGGCAGGAGCGGUACACGCAGAUCGAAGCCGAGUUCGUGCAAUUUCGGAAGCAGCAGUUUGCGGAUGACUACUCCAACCCCAUCGAGCAAGUGCGGGCGGACCUGAAGAUCAAGCAAUACGAGUGCAAGGAGCUCCAGAAGCUGGUCGAGCAGCUUCGUGCAAGUAGGGACCAUUUCAAACAGUCGGUGACGAAGCUGUGCUCCCAAGUGACCAGUUUGGAGGAAGAGAAACGGGAGCUGGAAAGGGAAGUGCUGCAGAAGGGAAGUAUAGAAAUUGAAAUCUUCAUCUGUAGUUGAUAUGGGUAGAAGGUGAAGGAGCGUCUUCUCGACGCUCUAAAGUGGUCUGCAGCUGUAGUAGAUCCGAUGGAGAAGAAUGUUAAUGUUUGCCUUUCUAUCGUCCUUUGCUAUGAGCAUGACCAUCACCAUGAUUACCAUACGAGCCGAAGUAGAUCACUUCGAAAAAACUCGUACUUCCAGCUGAACUUCGCGCCACCCUCGGUCAAACCUCCUUGAACGGCAACGCGAAUCGACUACUCUCCCAGAACGCGUCUGCGAUGGGCGGCACGAUCGGCGGGAAUAAUUCUACCAUCCGGAUAAACAACCCGAGCGGAGUGCAGCAUAUGUUUGACGCCGGCAAUAGUACCGCGACGGGGGCGCAGAUGAAUUUGAAUUUCAGCAACGCCGCGGCACAGCAGCAGAGCAUGAAUCUGGACGAAAACAUCGGGAACGCGCUGCGCAAGAUCCAGGACGAGCUGAAGUCUCUGCAUGACAACUACAGUUCUGAGGAAGCGCCGAAGAUGCAGCCGCCGAUUCCGGUGGAACUGAUACAGCAGGAGCCGUCCAUGAUCAUGUACAACAACAGUACGCUGUAUGAGAGUGCAUAACCCCCCUCCCCCUCAUUUGUAUUGCAUGAGCAGCAAUACAAGGGUCAGCAAGAAUACAGGUUUUGCAUGACAAAUUUGGACAGGAGUGUAGUGCUGUUUCGGCUUCCAGAACUUGUCAUGCAUAAUAGUGACAGGAGGCAAUGCGUACAUUAGGUAUUUUGCAUGAGAAAUGAGAACGAGGGGGGGUCGUGCACCGUCAUACACUGCAGGUGCCCCAAACCAGCAGCAGUGCGGCUACGAGCCAAACCAGUAACACGCGGAUGAUUUCCUUCCCGCCCGGAUUGUCGCCACACGUCGCGCCCGGCGGAGCAGGAGCUGGUGGUGGUCUGGGGCCGAGCAACUUCACAAACAAUAGUACCCAGCAGCAGCAGCAGCAGGGGUCAAUAUCAGCUGGUGCUCCUUUAUUCCAGCCGCAGCAAGACCAACAACAGCCCUCCACCGGCCCACUUGGGUGCAUCAGUGGAAUAGCGCAAGCGAUGAAGGUGCAACUAGCUCCGGCUGCUCCCGUUCAGCCAUCGAGAGCGCCAGCCGCGGGGGCGUCUUCACAACCCGCACAGCUUGCUUCGCAGCCGCAGACAGACCAGCAGCCGCCCGAGGUCCUUUCGCAGGAGCGGAAACGCCUGGAAACUCUGCGGGACGAGCUUUUGGAGUCUGGGCUCUACGCUCCAGACGACGCGAUUUUCCAGCACAUGGGGCUGUAGAAGGAUUUUGAGGCCUAAACUCCUUUGGCGGGCGGCCGUCGGGAUCACGUUGUAGUGCAACUUGUUCCCUUUCACGUGCGCCAGGUCGUCUUCGACCUUCGAUUAUGGCUCCCCUAUGAGGAACUACUGGCGCCGGUGCCGGCGGGCAGGUGACGAUGAUAAUAAAUCCAGCCGCGUGUUAGCGUUACAAUAAGAGUCAAUUCAUAUAUUCGAUGCAUCCCUACUUCUUGAUGAGCGCAUUACUUCACGGUUUUUUUCGCAAACAAACAACAUGAACAUACUCGCAGAACUUGACCAUCCUAUGAGCUGCAUGAAGCAGUUUGGUACUUACACUAUUGAUGCUGCAUCGGUGAUAACCUACGUUUAAAUUGACAACGAAAGGAUGAAACGUGACAAGAGGAGGAGGACGGUUCUUCUGCUGAAUCUCGUCCUAUUUGGUGAAAUACCGGUCGGGAAGGCGCACGGUCUUGACUGCCUUCUUUCUUGACAGUGUGGCACGCAGUUCUAUUUAUCAAAUCUAUCAGUGUGGAACUUUUUUUUUGCAGUAGUAGUUGCUACUCAAGCAGUUUAGUCGUUGUUUUGGAUUUCUACUUUAUUCUUUGAAAUCUUUAUCGAUCGCGUUGCUCACGCGCUCAUCCGUGUGUGUUUUUUUGAAAUAACAAAAUGAACAUCGGGCAGCUUCUUUCUUCGGCUCUCUGUGCUGGUACUCUGCUCACCUAGUUGUAUGCACUGGAAAAUAGAAGUACGCGGGGAAAUCAGCACUUGUCUUACUUCCUUUGCUUCUAUCAUGUGCUAGGACUACUAAGAAGGUGGCAGUUGUACUUCUAGUUGCAUUUUUACUACCACUUUUACUACUGCUCCUCGUGAAUCUGUUUCUGUUUUGCAAAACGGAAGCAGUAGGGCAUGACGCUCACGCAGAAUGAACUUUCAAAGCACAGUGAAUUUUAUGGUUAUUGCAAGAACGCACCAUACGCAAUUGCACUGCAACGCUUGCUGUGAAAUGACAGGCCCACCUCUAUUCGAGGAACAAAAAGAUCAAAAAAAGCAAAAGCUGCAAAAUUAUACGCCAAUCAUAUCGACGAGGCAAGUAGCUACUGUAUGUUUGUACCUGGCUGCUGGCAGAAGAUA